CCAGAGCCUUCUUGCUCAACAAUGGGCUGUGCCCAGCCUCGCUCUGGCAGGCUUUAAAUCCGGGGCCCAACGGAGCACCGGCACCCAGCAUCCCCUGGAAGCAAGCAGAGCACCAUGAAGGCCAGCAGCGCAGUCCUCCUCUUCCUGGUGGCGCUCCUCGCCAUUUGGGCCGAGCUGCCCUCGGCCGCAGCCGAGAGGAAAGACAUCUGCCGCUUGCCCAAAGUGGAAGGGAACUGCUUGGCCCUCUUCCGCCGCUGGUUCUUCAACUGGGCCACCCGGAAGUGCGAGGCCUUCGUCUACGGCGGGUGCCACGGGAACAAGAACAACUUCGAAACCCUUGAGGAGUGCCUGCGGGCCUGCGGGCACCACGCUCUUCCCCCAAGGACUCCCGGCAAAUGUCCCAAGCCCCAGGGGCCCGGGCUCUGCGUGGAGAACUGCACGAGUGAUAAGUCCUGCGGUCCGGGAGAGAAAUGCUGCAGCAACGGCUGUGGCCACGACUGCGUGAAGGUCACUGGAGGGUCGUACUAACUGGACUGCAGAGGAGAUGACCGCUGGAUGGCCUCUUUCCUUGGGAUCUGCACAUGUCCUGUUACAAGGCUGUAAAUGUAUUCUUGGAAUCCAUUGUCUCCCCCAAUAAAACUGGCUUCCCAGCA